CGCACUGAAAUGAAUGAAUGAUUCAGCGUGACGGCUUGUUGCUAUCUAUUGGCGCGCCGAAGCACUGGAACGAGCGUCACAACUGCCCUCAUCACAACAUGACAAAUAGCCUGCGAGGUUGAAAAACAAUAGCGCGAUCGUUGACAAACAACUUGUAUUUCAAAGGAUUUCGACCGGUGCAGCGUGGAAAGCGAUGUUUCACUCACAGCUCCCUAUAUCCUGACUCAAGCGGAGUGAAUCGCUGAGAUUAUUUGUGUUCUCUUUUCGUUUUCUUGGACGUGUAUGAAAUAUUUGGAAGAUGAAAGUGACCAUGGCAAGUUACGUCGAGGAUUUGGUAAAGUGCGGGUUUCUUGAAAUGAAGCUUCCGCGGAAACAGAGAAAGCUCACACAUAAGAUUUGGAAAAGAAAAUGGUUUGUUUUGAGAAGGAAAUCUCCGCGGGGACAACCUCGUUUAGAAUAUUAUCUGACAGAGAAAGCAUGCUCCGAGGGUAGACAUCGUACCAGUAUUUCACUGGAAGAUUUAACUUCUGUCUCACAUGCUCAUUCAAGGACACAUAAUCACAGUUUUUUACUUGUGGGUAUGGAAAUCAAACUUUUUCUGAGUGCGGAUACUGAAAAAGAGUCACUUGAGUGGAUUCAGCUUAUUAAAGAACUUGUACUUCCUGAACCAAAACUUUAUCCCUCUGUUCAAGCAGGAGAUAUUUAUGGGCUUUAUGAAGUAAACGUAAUUCCUACAGAGGACUCUGAUAGACUUGAACUUACAGGAAACUAUCUUAUGACUGUUCGUAAGGAAUAUUUAUGCCUACAUAGCGCUAAAACAGGAGAAAGAGUACAAGAAUGGGAGUUAGAUCAUCUUCCACGAUUUCGACUUCAAAGAUUGUCACAUCUUCAAGAUUUAGACAAAGUUUUAACAUUUCAAGCGGGAAGGGGAUGUAAGACAGGCGAGGGACAUUUUAAAUUCCUGACCCAACGGGGGCGAGAAAUUUUGGACUGUGUUAAACUUCAAACUCAAAAGCUUGCAAACAUGCGGCAACCUCUUCCACACGAAAGACACAGAAGACCUUCAAUAGACUCUGUUCCCUGCACAAGAUCGUCUGAAAAUGAAACUGUGGAUAGUCUGACUAGCAACUCAUUUUCCUGAUAGUUAUUUCACUGGGGCAAUUCAGCCAAUUUUGUAUUGGGUAAAUGUACGCUACGACGGAGAUUGGCUUACCAGAUCAAGCCGAAAGAAUCCCAGGUUCUGAAGAAGUUAAGCCUUUGAAGAGACGAUGGUGACAAGAUUCCCCAGUACUUCUAAUUUUGGUGUUUUUCCACUAUAAAAGCAUGUUCAGCUCUGACUGACCAACAGUUUUGAUGGGUUUGAUAAUUUUGUUUGCGCUCUCUGCGUUCACAGAAAACACUCAGAUUUUGGACACUUUAUGUGGCUUUUGUUUCGCAAAAGUUCACAGCAAAAUGUACCAGUACGAAAUAUUUAACGCAUUUUCCGAGCUCAAAAAGCUUUAUGGACACGCGACAAAGGGGACUGGUUAUUAUUUAUAGCCUGGUGGUGGUCGGAGGAUUUUUGCUGUGUCACCUUAAAUUUACCUCAUUCUUGCCUCUUAGGCUCUGUGGUAUUCUGAUCGCCCCUCGUUUGCAGUCAAUGUUAGGGACGACUGAUCCCCCUUCGGUUCCCUCUGAAGACCAUGUGACCCAAACCCCCCUCCCCCCGCCUCUCAAGAAGAAAACGCCUGUGCUUCCCCCUUCCCCCGGCUUUGAAUAAUAACUGGUUCGCAUAUGAGAACGAUCUUCGCAGUGAGGAGCACUACUUAAGCAAUAGCGGACUGGUUCCUAACAAUUUCAUUUGUCGCCAUGGCUUUCUUAAGGUUCAUGGUGCUUCAGCACUACAGCCCAAAGGGAUCAAAAGGUUCCAGCGCCAAAUGAGAAUUGAGGUGCAAGUUCUGUGUUAAUGAAAGAACAAUUGGGCUCAAAAAGAAAACAAACAAGUGUUUUCAAAAAGUAUGCGAUAUGCAGUUGGAGUUAAGUUGCUUCUCACAAUUGAACUGGGGCUAUGGAGUUCAACUAACAAAAGUGAACUUGCAAACCCUAAUAUCUUGGGGAGACAAUUUUCUAAAGCAAAAAGAAACUUUCAUUGUGAAUGCAACGACGAUUCUUACAUGAUUUUGAUAACCUCCAUGGCUCUUUGAAUUCGUGGACAAUGCUUUCUUCUUGCUAAUCUUUCUCGACUUGUAUUGCCUUUCUAGAUUUUUGUUAACUUCUCCAUUAUUUUUCACAUUGAGACACUAAUUUGCUUGUCGUGUACUACGCUUGUUUUUUUUUUUUUUUUUAUUCGACUCUUGGGUCUUCCGAGACCUUCAGUUGUGUAUAGAGCGCACUGUAUUACUUAGCGUUGUUCAGUAUAAUUUAUAUGAAGAAAUUAUUUUCUCAAAAUAAAAAAUUAAGGUAUGA